AUGUUAACAUACAAUGGAACUAUUAAUGGGACGGAAGCGGAAAAUGGUUCCCCCGCUGAAUCUCUGAUUUCCGGUGAUGGCGAAUUGGUAGAAGAUACUGGAGAUUCUCCAGGAACUCCAAGAGACACAGAAGAAGAGGCAGAAGAGGAAGAGAUUUAUUCUCAUGAUACGGAUGAGGAUGAUGAUCAAAAUAAAAGAAGAGAUCGUUCAAAUUCACUCGAUACAAUUUCAACUUCUGGCAGCAUUCAUCUAGGUUCACCAACAACCAGGCCAGGGAAUUUGGGUGUAAGAAAACUUUUCACAAAUAGCCGAGAGAGAUGGAGACAACAAAAUGUUAGUGGUGCCUUUGCUGAACUGAGAAAAUUGGUACCAACUCAUCCACCUGAUAAAAAAUUAUCGAAAAAUGAAAUUUUGAGAAUGGCAAUAAGGUACAUAAGACUUUUGAGCAAAGUACUCGACUGGCAAAAGUCGCAAGAUCGAAAUGGUCUAGCUCAUCAUCAUCCUCAUCAAAAAUCAAGACAUGAUAUGAGAAUAAAAUGCGAGCCUCAAUUUGCAUCUCAAAACAAUAUGAUAACCUGUCAAAAAUCAAGCACUAUAAUUAAAAACGAUAAAACGGAAGAUGAAAGUGGAAAUUCAUAUCCGAGUAGCUACAACUCGACAAAACAUGGUUCUCAACUUUGUGAUAAAAAUGGCAAUAAUUUAUUAAUGAUUGCACCUGCUAAUCAUGGAUUAUCAAAUAGAUCUGGUCAAUCCUUACAGACAGGACAUUCCCAAACUCAUUUCACUGCUUUUCCAGAUGCUUGGAUUCGAGGAAAUAGGUCAGCUAAUUUUUUUAAAUUGAAUCGAAUUAAUUCUAAUACGAUAAAAAAUUCGAUGACACUCGUUAGUUAUGUAACAAAUGGAAGUAGCGGAUUAAAAAGGCUAAAAAUGGAAGGAGAAGAUGAAGAAUCUGGACGAGUUUUACAAAAUAAGGAUUCAAGAGGAAACAAUUUGUCUUCAAUUACUUUAUCUGGACCUGCAUUAAAUUCGCAGGGUCUUUCUUCUUCUCCUAUAUCACAAUCUAGUACUAUUUCCUCUACCAGAAAAAGAGCAAAAAUUUCUUAUGGAAAUGAAAGUAUUGGCGACGUCAGGAAUUCUGGUGAUAGGCAAUGA